AUGGACGGCCCGAUACUACCAUCGCACCCUUCCAGUCAAGGAAGUGGAUCGACGCGCGGGGUUACAAAAAGGGGAGGAGGGUUGAGAGGAGGAGGGUCGAGCAGAGGGCAAGUGAAAGGGCGAGGUGGAGUCAAAUCAAGCACGGGCCGUCCAGACAAGCCCGUGACUUCUUGUGGACCUGAUGUCGGCGAAAAGAGAGGGAGAGAGGAAAGCGGCGACAGCAGUUACUCGAGCUCUGCAAAGAGGGCCAAGGGAGGACAGUUCAAGAUGCCGUUCAGCAACAAACUGGCUCAGGACAAAUCCAGGGAUAAUGUACUCACUCCAGACGAGUCCUUGGCUCAUGUGAUGGCCUCCAUGCCGGAGCACCCUCCCCGUCAGUCAGAAAGCCCCCAUCACCCCAGACAGUCAUCUUCGUCCAUGUCAUCUUUGGCGUCUCUAUCCAACCCAAGCCCAGUGGAAAUGUCAUAUAACAACGCCAUGAUCGACCCCCGUCUUGGAGCUGUUGAGCAGCCAUCUGGCCAGAGCAUGGGCCCACCACCACCUUACACCCCUGGCGCUGGCAACCCAGCCAAUCGAGGGCGUACGGUGGCCCUUGGUAUGCGCCCAACAACUCGUGCACCCACCGUUGUGCUGUCCUCGCGUGCGCCUUCCCUCGCUCCGGGUACGACGCGUCCGGCGGUGUCGCGUGCUUCUUCUGUCGCUCCAGGUGCUUCUCGCCCGGGGAUGGCGCGUGCGCCUUCUGUUGCUCCGGGUGCGACUCGUCCGGCGGUGUCGCGUGCUUCUUCUGUCGCUCCGGGUGCUUCUCGCCCGGGGAUGGCGCGUGCGCCUUCUGUCGCCCCGGGUGCUUCUCAUCUGGGGGUGGCACGUGCACCUUCUGUCGCUCCGGGAACCUUUCCUCAGCCUUUACGAAUCCCUCGUCAGAUCACAGAUCAAAUAAGCGGACAUUCAGCUGACCUGAUCAGAAUCUCAGACAACGUUCAGCGGCUCAACAGCGACGUCCACGCGGGUCAGGAAACAUCUGCAGCUAUGUUGGCCAGAAUCAGCGCACUUGAAGAGGAGCUCAAAAUAUCGAAGGAACUCAACCGGGUGAUGAAGCUGAGACUCAACACGACAGAAGACAAACUGCAGGUAGUCAAAGAUAACGUCGACGUCUUGAAGGAUAAGGUCCCGAAGGGAUCAGCAGGUGGAUCUGAAAACGAACUGAUGAACGGCAUCAGAAAAUGCUUCCUCAAGAAGCUCGGUCUCAACGAGGGCACGGAAAUCCACACGAUCGUGCCAUUACCCAAUGGCGAGUUCAAGAAAGACGGUCGCAUCGUUCCAAAUUUCACCAAGUCAUUCACCGCCAACAAGUCGUGGCACGCCGAGAUGAUCGACUACAUCGAUGAGAACCUCUGGCAACAUGUCAACGGAGGCAAAGAUACAUUGGCCGGCAAGUCCAAAAGCGAUUACACGAAGAGGUUGGGGUGUUCGUUCCGAAACUGGAAGAACUCGUACAUGGCUAAGCGAAAAGAAGGGGUUGCCGAGGGUCAGGUGGACGAGCAAGAGGAGUGGCUGCAAACACAGGAAAGUCGGCGAGGAGGUCGCAAAUGGCAGAAACGCACAAAACGGAACAACGGCCGCAAAAAUUCCGUCAUCCUAGCGAAAUCAGACUUCGACAUCUUAGCAAGCGUUCAAAUUCACAGUGAAGAGGAAAGCGACGCACCUAGCAGCCUGCCUACUGUGCAGAACCAGAAUGGGAACGAGCGCGUUAUCGAUAGCGGCGACGAAGGACCGGUUAAAGUGAAGCGUCAGCGAUACAAAGCAGAGGGUCCGUUGAAGGUUCGGAGGGCGACGUGGGAGUCUCAGGCGUUGAUAGCUCUCAAGAUCAAGGCAAGUCGCCUUGGUAAAUCCUCUAAAAGAAAAGGAAUUGCUCCGCAGCAGCGACUUCGUGGACAGCCGCGUAACGUCGAGCUCCCGCGUCUUCCCAGCGGUAAAAAGAUCCCAGCUUGGGCUCUAUCCCAAACGUACAUCGACGACAACGAGCUUCUACCGACCGAUACGAGGAUCGAUUGGACUAAGGACGAGUGCCCUGCCUUCUGGGAGCAAGGCGAUCCGUUUGAGGAGACUGAUACCCUCGAAAACGCUCCAGGUGUGGCCAACGACGACGACUGGGGCGCUUACGACGAUGGAGAGGAUGGCGACGAGAACGGGCUGUACGCCCAGGAACAGUAUCAGGAGGAGUAUCAGGAGGAGUAUCAGGAGGAACAUCAAGGUGAAGAAGAUGACGAGGAGGACUACCAGGAGACGCAACAAGACGAGAAGCCAGAUGAGCAGGAUGAGGGCGAGGGAGAGGGCGAGCAGGAGCAGCAGGAGCAGCAGGAUGAGGGCGAUGGCGAGCAAGAAGGCGAGGACGAGGACGAAGAGAUGUACAAUGAAGAAGAACACGAUGGCAUCGGCAAUGAGACCGAGGCUGAGUGA